UCUGAAUAGAAGUUAACCAAACAAAUCCAAAGUUCAUUAAAAAGUUCCUUCUUCGUUAUAAUUUUUUGAAGAAGUGAAUCUGGACGAUGAACUAAGACGACUGUCAAUUUUGGAACUUGAAACCAUCAAAUUCAUCAAAAAAAAUAUAUAUUCAAAGAUCUUAUUUUUGCAUUCCUACUUGUAUUUAAGCUUCUUGCUUCAUCAACAAAUAUACAUUCAAAGAUCUUAUUUUUGCAUCCCUACUUGUAUUUUUUCUUUUUGAAAACUGGCCUACAUCCCUACUUGUAUUUAAGCUUCUUGAUUCACCAAAAACCUAGUUAUAUCAUUUUUUCCCACCUUUUUCCUACUUCUUCUUAUUUGGGGUGGUCAUUAAAACAUGAAGUUCUUCGGAUGGAUGCAGAACAAGCUACAUGGAAAACAAGGGAACACUCAUAGACCAAGCAUAUCUUCUGCUUCUUCUCAUCAACCACGAGAGGAGUUCAGCGACUGGCCUCAUGGACUACUUGCGAUUGGAACGUUCGGUAGUGUGACCAAAGAGCACACACCAAUAGAGGCUGUUCAAGAAGAGAAGCCCUCUAACGUGCACGUGGAAGGUCAAGCGAAAGAUAGAGAUCAAGACCUUUCUUCCUCCGGUGAUCUAGAAGAUUUCACUCCCGAGGAAGUUGGGAAGCUGCAAAAGGAGCUGACGAAGCUCUUGUCAAGAAAGAAAAGGAAGUCAGAUGUGAACAGAGAACUUGCUAAUCUUCCUUUGGAUAGAUUCUUGAAUUGUCCUUCGAGUCUUGAAGUCGAUAGACGGAUCAGCAACGCUCUUUCUGGUGGUGGUGGAGAUUAUGAUGAGAACGAAGAAGACAUUGAGCGUACGAUUAGUGUUAUCUUGGGAAAAUGCAAAGCUAUCUCUACAGAUAGUAGCAGUAAGAAGAAGAAGAGUAAGAGAGAUUUGAGCAAGACCUCUGUUUCUUAUCUACUCAAGAAGAUGUUUGUCUGUACAGAAGGGUUUUCUCCCCUUCCCAACCCUAGCUUGAGGGACACGUUUCAAGAAUCAAGAAUGGAAAAGCUACUGAGGGUGAUGCUACUCAAGAAGAUUAAUGCUCAAGCAUCGCCGAAGGAAACACCAAUGAAGAAAUACGUGCAAGAUAAGCAACAACUUUCAUUAAAGAAUAAGGAAGAAGAAGGACGAAAUAGUAGCGAUGGGUGUAAAUGGGUCAAAACAGAUUCUGAUUUCAUUGUUCUUGAGAUCUGAUCCCAGUAAUCCAUUUUUAAUGUUCUUACAAGAAAGUACAGAUAGAUGAUCUUCAUUGAUAUCAAGACAAAGAAAAUUUUAAAAGAAGUGAUUCAAUUAUUUUCUUUUUCUUUCUGAUGAAAGAUUUUGAGUAUCUUAAAAAAAAGUUUUUGAGUAUCUGGAGAGUUCAUGAGUUUCUUUUUUUUUGCAUGUUUGAUUCCAUAAAAGCCAAACAUGUUCUGGAAACUAAAACAUCAGAAUACAGUAAAUGAAACAUUUAUACGAGUACAUACAUGUGUGUAUAUAAGGAGAGAAUUAUAUAUAUACAUACAUGUAUGUAGUUGUGUAUUUUUCAGGUGGAUAACCUUAGUUUUAUAUAAAGACUUCAUCUUCUCUUUUUUUGCUUUACACUCUGUUCUGUUAUGUCAUAACAACUAUAAUUAUUCAACAAAGUUGUAAAUCACAAAAACUG